AUAUCUGUUCCCAGUCCCCGGCGCCGCCUCAGUCCCCGUCCUCAGAUCACGAUCUCUCCUCACGCUACCCCGACGCCGCCUCCGCCCGCGUAGCCCCGGCCAUGGCUCUGUAGCCGCCACCCCUCCGUGCCUCACGGCCCAUCUCCGCGCUCACCGCGCUUGCGCUCUCCGCUCCCGCCUUCUUUCUUCAGCCGAGGCCGCCGUCGCCUCUCCUUUCUGCAGCCAUGGAGUCCUCCACUUCCGCCUUGGUGCCUGUCUUCGCCCAGCUGAGCAACCUCCAGAGCCCCCUGUCAGCUGCCGGUGCAGCCUCCUUCGUUGCCAUCCGCGCCCAGCGCCUGUGCUGCAGCCAUGUCACUCCUGGCGACCCUGGGGCUGGAGCUGGACAGGGCCCUGCUCCCAGCUAGCGGGCUGGGCUGGCUCGUAGACUAUGGGAAACUCCCCCUGGCCCCUGCCCCCCUGGGCCCCUAUGAGGUCCUUGGGGGAGCCCUGGAGGGCGGGCUUCCAGGGGGGGGAGAGCCCCUGGCAGGUGACGGCUUCUCUGACUGGAUGACUGAGCGGGUUGACUUUACAGCCCUUCUCCCUCUGGAGCCCCCCUUGCCCCCAGGUGCCCUCCCCCCACCUUCCCCACCCCCACCUGACCUGGAAGCCAUGGCCUCCCUCCUCAAGAAGGAGCUGGAGCAGAUGGAAGACUUCUUCCUUGAUGCCCCACUCCUCCCGCCAUCCUCCCCACCACCACCACCAGCACCAGCGCCCUCCCUCCCCCUCCCCCUCCCCACCUUUGACUUCCCCCAGCCCCCUGCCCUGGAUACGCUUGACUUGCUGGCCAUCUGCUGCCGCAGUGAGGCCGGGCAUGGGGACUCGGGUUUGGCCCACUUGCCUCCCCCACAGCAGCCCCCUCCUCCUCCACCUCAGCCCUCUCGCCCGGCCCCCUACCCCAAUCCUGCCACCACCCGAGGGGACCGCAAGCAAAAGAAGAGAGACCAGAACAAGUCGGCAGCUCUGAGGUACCGCCAGAGGAAGCGGGCAGAGGGCGAGGCCCUGGAGGGCGAGUGCCAGGGGCUGGAGGCUCGGAACCGGGAGCUGAGGGAGAGGGCGGAGUCAGUGGAGCGGGAGAUCCAGUACGUCAAGGAUCUGCUCAUCGAAGUGUACAAGGCUCGAAGCCAGAGGACCCGCAGCAGCUAGCCGGGCAGGGGCUUUGGGCAGUAGGGGGCGCUGGUCUUUAGCUUGGGUCACUUCUGUUUCUGGAGCUGAGGUGGGAGAGUCCCUCGGCAUCCCCCUGCCUCCACCUUCAUUCCAGAUCUCUCUCUCUCUCCCUCUCUCUCUGCUUUUAUUCUCCUCUCUGCUCAUCCAUUUCUGAGUUUGCUCCCCUCCUCCCUCCCCAGAAUCAUGGAUGUUUGGCAUUAGUCAACAUCUGUACUCCUCAAGUAACAGCCGAGGGGCUGAGGCCCACAGGGAAUUCGGGGAGCAGGGCAGAGCUUGGGAACCUGGUCUCUCAAACAGGGACGUGUGGCCAGGAAGCUAUGCAGAAUGAGGCCAGGAGAGCCAUCUGGGGACGCAAGUCAGGGAGGGUUUGAAGAAUGGCACCCAUGUAAUCAAAAUGCCAAGCCAGGUGACCUUCGGGAGCUCCAUUGGGGCAGGGAGCCAAAAGGUAGCCAAGUUCACAGAGCAGGUGGAUGUGCAGGCAGAUGGGGAGGCGGGCAGGGCGGGGGAUGGCCAUAGUGGGCACCGGGUGUUCAUUUUAGCUCUGGGAGGAAAUCAGUGUUUUGUGCAGGUGUUGGGAGAGGGGCUGCCUCUAGGUGAGCGAGGGCGGGGACUGAUCCUUUGGGGGGUUGUGAGCGGAAAUAAAAUGAAGAAUUUUCUCUGGCCUGUGAGUCUUGUCUGUGAGGGGAGAAGUUGGGGAGAGGGCAAUCUUAGGCCAAAGACAAUAAUGAUGAUAGGAGACACAACAGAUAAUACUUCUAGGGCCGCCCCGUGGCUUAGCGGUUAAGUGCGCGUGCUCCGCUGCUGGCGGCCCGGGUUUGGAUCCCGGGCGCGCACCGACGCACCGCUUCUCCGGCCAUGCUGAGGCCGCGUCCCACAUACAGCAACUAGAAGGAUGUGCAGCUAUGAUAUACAACUAUCUACUGGGGCUUUGGGGGGAAAAUAAAUAAAAUCUUAAAAAACAAAAAUACUUCUAGUUAAGGGGGCCGGCCCCGUGGCGUAGCCACUUUUAGAUUCAGACGGUUAAUUACUUACAUAGACAGCGAGAUAAAAGAUAGGCAGAGGUGCCAGCUCCCUUGUCACACACACCAAAAAAGGAUGACACCGAAACAGAAGGGGCUGGGCUACCACAAGAGAUGUGGGAGGAGCCAGCUGUCUGAUGAGGGCCUCCCAGGGGAAGUCAGGAAGUGAGGGGAGAUGGCCUGGUAGCCAUGGUGGAGACGUUCACUACAUCUGCUUGUUGAGGGUGUAGGGGAGGAAGAACUGUUCUUUUGCCCUCUAGGUCCUGGCUGGUCUGAGAAUUCAGUUGACAUGAGACAGAAUAACAGGGUAAAAUCAAAGUUUAGUAACAUGUAUACAUGGUUGAAACCCAGGAAGACUGAGUGACUCGCCAAAAUGGUGGAAGCCACCACCUUAAAUACCAUCUUCAGCUAAAGACAAAGGAGGAUGUUGGGGGUGGUGUUUUGGGACUUCAAAGGGGAGGCAGGCAAUUCACGUGGAGAUGGAAAAGCAAAUGUUUGGUAAACGAAUCUUGACCAUGCCUUGUAGAGAUAAUGAGAGGUGGAGAAGAUUUUGAUUAAAAGGCCCUUGCUAGGUUCCUCCUUGUCUACCACACCUAGUUUAUAUUAUGCUAUAGUUAUCUUAUGAUGUUAGCUCUGUCUUGGAACAGGCCUUCUAUCUUAAAUUCUUUUAGGCAGUUAGGGGGAAGGUCAAAGUUUCUGUCAGUCUUUUGUUCUUGAAAAUAAUCAAGCCAAAGAGACACACUUUGGGGUGGCCAAUCCUGACCCCCCACAAGGGCUUACUAUGUGCCAAGCACUAUUUUAAGCACUUCACAUGCAUUAUCUAAGUUAAUGCAAGAGGAAGGUAUUGUUCUUAGAUUUUGAAUGAAGAACCUCAACCACGCAUUCCAUGUGUGUGGUCUCUGCAGGGCACUGGCUGGCAGGGGAAGGGCUGCGCACAGUGGUGAACAAAGUCAUGUUUUCUGGCACUGUGGAACCUACGUUCUGUCUGGGGAGACAGAGAUGAUGUAACUUGACCAAGUGUGUCAGUUAUAAAUGCCUCUGGCUGCAGGUAACAACAGAUGACCAUCAGUGGUGUACGCAUAAGAGGUUAAUUUUUUUCACAUAAAUCUAGAGGGAGGGAGCUGUAGGCAUUGUUCAGAGGCUCAGGGCUGUUGUUGCCAAGGUCUCUCUGAUUCUCUUGGCCUUUCCCUCAUGGCCACAAGAUGGAGGCCAUAGCUCCAGGCAUUGUAUCUGAGUUCAAAAUAGGAGGUCAGAAUUUUCCUGGCAGACUUGGGUAGAUUUCUGCUUAGAUCUUGUUGUCUAGAGCUAUGUCACAUGGGUAUUCUAGUUGCAAGGGAGUCUGGGUAUAGACAUACAAUGGAAUAUGAUUCAGCCUUAAAAAGGAAGGAAAUUCUGACACAUGCCACAACAUGGGUGAACCUUGAGGACAUUAUGCUAAGUGAAAGAAGCCAGUCACAAGAAGACAUUAGUGUAUAACUCCACUUACAUGAGGUUACUAUUCUAGGUCCUCAAGGUUCACCCGGUAGUGGAAUUGCUGGAUCAUAUGAUAAUUCUCUUUUUUUUAAAUAAUUUUAUUUUAUUUGUCUUUCCCCCAAAGCCCCAGUAGAUAGUUGCAUGUCACAGCUGCACAUCCUUCCAGCCGCUGUAUGUGGGACGCGGCCUCAGCAUGGCCAGAGAAGAGGUGC